AUGGAGGCAGCUACAUUUGAAAACACAUGCCGAUCAGACAAUAUUUCCGAUACUAUUGAAUUGAUUCAGCAAAGGAACCAUCUCCUCAAGUCUUUACUUCAGGAGAAGUGGAAGCUUUCGGAGAGGGAUGAAAUGGGUGUCCAGCAACAUCUUCAUGCGGUGUUGCUCCUGAGCAAACAAAUCAGUGCUGAACUCCUGCGACAGUUCAAAAGUGCAAAAGAAGUGCUACAAAUAACAACAGAAAUAGUAGCCACUCUGUGCGAAGAGUACCAUGCAAAUACUAGGCCGGAGCAAAGCUUGUCACUAGAAAUGGGAAACAGUCGACAAGACUCUACUGGUAGCAACAUUCAUCUCCUCAGAGGAGAAGGUACAGGGAAAGAAGCUGGUGCAGUAACCACAGGAGAAUGUUUGCAGAUAUCCAAAGUUUGCUCUGCUGGGCAAGAGAGAGCAAUGAGUCAGCCUGAAAUUCAGACAUCAGAUCAAAUAAAGGAUCAGUACAGAAUAAUAAAACAGAUGGAUUGUAGCACUGAAGUGAAGGACACUGAGAGAAAUUUAAAAUUUGAUUCAGCUGGUAAUCAAGAUGAAAACAAAGAUAUUUAUCUCCAAACCACAUCAGAAACUGCUGGAGUCACUGAAAAACAAAUAAACAAAUUGCAUGAUAAGAAUGAGGUGACUGAACUUCUGAAAGCUGAAGACCGCAGAGGCUGGUCCCAAAGAGAAUUGUUUGCAGAGUUGGAUAGAGGAGAUGAGCCUCAAAUUGGCUGUUAUGUCACUGCACCAUUUCUCAUAGCCCAGAGGCUGCUGUGCAAAAUAAUCAAUGAAAGGGGCCCCACGGUUGUAAGUGAUGACGAAGAAUUGGUGAGCAAUGUGAUCAGCAUUCAGUGUACUGACUCCAGGAUCGGGAAUCCAUUCCCCUUAAAGAUUGCUAUACCAUUCUCUGCUUGGUAUCGGGGUAAUUACCAUAAUAUUAUGGUAAAGGCAUCAGAUACAACACCACAUUCAAGUUAUUUGAGUCCACUUUCCUUAGAAGGUGUGUACAAUAGGCACAAGAAAAACUGUGCAGAUAUUAAGAUAUAUAAGCUUGGCAUCUUUUCAGUUAUAUCCUGCUUAAGAAAAGAGACAUUUACUGUACCACGGACAGGUUUAGCCCUGAAGCUCAGUAUGGACUCAAGAAUUACACUGAACUACUUCCCUGGAUCCUUCAGUACCUCAGUGGUAGUUCAAUCAAAGAUUCAGCGAAUUGAUUCAACAUUGUUGAAUGUGAUGAAAUCAAGAGACGAUAGCUUUCACUCCAUAAUCUCCACUAGCCCUCUUGUUCAUAUCAAACACCCAUCUACUCAGCAGUUUUGGAAAUCAAUUACCAUCACUCUGCCCUGUCCACCAAACUCGGGUAAAAAGAGAUUAGGAGAUAAAAUCCUCGGGCAGCAACAGCAGCAGCACGGAAGAACAACAAUCUUUGCUCUCGAAACACCGUCUGAGAAUCUACUUUAUUGGGUAGCCUCAAAAAUUUCUGAAGAAGAUGCGAUGUUGUUUGUGGCAUCUCUGCGAAUCCGUCGCAGCACCAUCCAGCUGGUCAGGCUGACCAAUCCUGAUGACUUAACAGACCAGAUUUACAAAUUCCUCAACAUGUGGAACAAGAAUCUGCCAAUGUCUGUAGAUAAAAUCCAAAUCCUUUCCAAACAUUUGAGGAAAUGUGGAAGAGAAGACUUAGCAGAAGAGUUGCAGUCAAAAUAUAGUCAAGAAGACCCUGUAAAACUUCUAUAA